AUUUUGCCAACGGACCCAAAAAACGAGUUUGCGCUGUACUCACAAGGAAGUGCGGAAAAAUUCGUGCGCUGCUUUCAGUUGAAUUGGCUCAAAAGCUGGCGGUUUGUUGUUCUUAUUAUUUAUAUAACCUGAUACAUACUUCCCCCAGAGUAAGGAGUAAUAACCUGCCAGAGGCGACAUACGUCACACAUUUGAAAAUGCCCCGGAGAAAGAGGACCAACGGCAGCAGCUCGGACGGGACAGAGGACUCGGAUUUUUCCGCCGACCUCGAGCACGUCGAAGCUUCCGAGAGCGCGCACAGGCGCAGCAGCACGCGCCUGACUCGAGCUUCACUGCGCCUCAGCCGGAGCUCACAAGAUAACGGCAGCUCAGUACGGAGCAGUUCUCCUGCAGCCCCGGGUCCUGACGAAGGCCUGGAUUCGGCAGCUGAGUCUGCCACAGCAGCUGCGGUGCCGGCGUCCGUCUUCUCCUCUGGGCGCAGGAUCACACGCAGUCAGCAGGGGGCGACAAACACCACAGCCAAAAAAUACCCACUGCGUCAGAGCAGGUCGUCUGGCUCAGAAACCGAGGCUAAUGACCUGAAGCAGGGUGCGGACCGAGACGAGACCCCUCCACGGACCCCAACAGGCAACGCCCCCUCCUCAGAGUCAGACAUCGAGGUUUCCAGUCACAGCAACGACCUUGUGUCGUCUAGCAACGAUAUUGUAGUUUCACAAGAGGAGGACGAGAGAUUGGCCAAAGAGCUGUCACUCAAAGAGGCCGCCGCCCAUGACCUCUCCCACCGACCCAAACGACGGCGCUUCCACGAAAGCUACAACUUCAACAUGAAGUGUCCCACACCUGGGUGCAACUCACUGGGUCAUCUAACAGGGAGGCAUGAGAGACAUUUCUCCAUAUCAGGAUGUCCUCUCUACCACAAUCUCUCUGCUGAUGACUGCAAGGGCAAGGCAUCAACGCGCGACAAACAGGCUGAGGAAAGGAUGCUGUCACACCACCAGGACGAGAACAGACACUCCACAAGAAACCAGGCACCAACAGAGCGUCAGCUGCGCUACAAGGAGAAGGUGACUGAGCUGAGGAGGAAGAGGAAUUCUAGCCUUAAUAAAGAGCAGAAGGAAAAACACAUGGAUCACCGUCAGAGCCACAGAGCUAGCAGGGAGCCGCUGCUGGAGAACAUUACCAGUGACUACGACCUCGAGCUGUUCAGGAAAGCGCAGGCACGUGCCUCGGAGGACCUUGUAAGAAAGACAACUCAUCAUCACCUCCCUCCCUUACUCUUUCCUCCUUCCCUUGGUUUUUAUUGUCCCCCCUCCCCCCCUUUUCUGCAUUAUUCCUCUUCUUCUCUGUUUCAGUCAGCAAACCCUCCUCUGCAGCCACAGGAGGAGACUGAGAUAUUUUUGGAGAAACUUCGUCUGGCCGGCCAGGUGUCAGAGGGCAGCAACAUGAUAAAGACCAUUGUAUUCGGUCGCUACGAGCUCGACACAUGGUACCAUUCUCCAUACCCAGAGGAAUACGCCCGCCUGGGGAGGCUCUACAUGUGCGAGUUCUGCCUUAAGUAUAUGAAGAGCCAGACCAUUCUUCGCAGGCACAUGGCCAAGUGUGUGUGGAAGCACCCUCCAGGCGACGAGAUCUACAGGAAGGGGAACAUCUCUGUCUUUGAGGUAGACGGAAAGAAGAACAAGAUAUACUGUCAGAACUUGUGUCUGCUGGCGAAACUCUUCCUGGAUCACAAGACUCUGUAUUACGAUGUGGAACCUUUUCUCUUUUAUGUCAUGACCGAAGCUGACAACACAGGGUGCCAUCUGGUCGGAUACUUCUCCAAGGAGAAGAACUCGUUCCUGAACUACAAUGUGUCCUGCAUCCUCACCAUGCCACAGUACAUGAGGCAGGGCUACGGCAAGAUGCUCAUAGACUUCAGUUACCUGUUGUCCAAGGUUGAGGAGAAGGUGGGUUCCCCCGAGCGCCCCCUGUCUGACCUGGGCCUUAUCAGCUACCGCAGUUACUGGAAAGAGGUGCUGCUGCGCUACCUGAACAACUUUCAGGGCAAGGAGAUCUCCAUCAAAGAGAUCAGUCAGGAGACGGCAGUGAACCCAGUGGAUAUUGUUAGCACGCUGCAAUCCCUCCAGAUGCUCAAAUACUGGAAGGGAAAGCACCUGGUUUUAAAGAGACAGGACCUUAUUGACGACUGGAAGACCAAGGAGACCAAACGUGGAAAUGGCAAGAGCAUUGACCCCACAGCCUUAAAAUGGACACCGCCUAAAGGGACGUAGAGGGAACUUCCUUUCACACUCCAAACACCCACACACACAUACACCGACAGAUCCUACACCCCCCCCACUGGCAUGCUCACAGACCUUGAGCCCAAACCCCUCACACACAAGCUCUUGUACAGACCGCUUGCAGCAGCUACAGCACAGUCCACUGUUUCUCUUGAUUCAGCAGUCACUUUCAUGGCUCGGGAAAUCUACUUCAGUCCAACCAUUAGCUCACUGAUAUAAUGCCUGGUCCAGAGUACUUGUUUGGACAUUGCACAAAAUUAGAUGAAAAUGAGGCAAAUUUGCAUGAAUUUGGACCUUGAAUUUGAUUUUGAAUAUAAGAAUGAAUAAUCAGAAAUAUAGUAAUUGCUUAAGACCUGGCUGUGUGUAGACACUUUGUAAGAUUUGGUACUGCAAAAUUCGACAAAGCUGUACGCCAUCAGGGCUUAAGGAAGGGAUUUAAUACUUGCAUGCAAAAACAAAAACAAAAACAUGCAUAGCAAUAACAAUAGUUAAUUUAUGGCAAUGUUCAGUAACAUAAAACAAAAAGAGACAACCUAACAAAAGCAACAUUGCAGCUGCAGAUGCCCUCAAAUGCUUAGUUCAGUUAAUUGUAACAGAAGCGUUAUAGUUAGUUGGAUUAAAACCAAUACACAAUAGGUUUGAAGGCAAACUAAACUCUACAGCCUGGUGUUUCUAACAGCUGUAAGCCACUGGCUAUUACUCACUUAAAAAACAGUAAUAGAUUACAUAGAGUGGAAUUUUAAUAACUUUCAUCAUUUGACAGAUUGAUAUCUAAUAUCUAAGACAUUUAUAUAAUUUACACAGUUUAUCAAUGUGAAUAUUUAUUUCAUAAAUGUAAUAUUGAUCAACUUGUGGUUCCACAGCUGUUCAUCAUUUAUUUUUAGAAUUUUAUAUUUUCGGUUUUAGGCCCCUACUACCAUCUUGUUCCAACAAACAGUACAAAUUAAAUGCAAAACAAUAAGCUAGGCAUCAGCCAGUGACGUCUGUCUACGUAAGAUCAUGGCUGAUGUCUCUUUGACCUCAUUUGUUAUCUGAAAAGUGAAAGUAAUUGUGAGUUGUUAGACCACCUCCUGUCCAGACACCUGAUUAGCACCGAGCACCAGACACGCCCGCUAAUCCAAUCUGCAGGCGGCCGGGAUUGAACCUGUGCUGCUUUUCAUUCUGUUCUCGAGAUGGCCGACACAACACAUGCAAGCAGCACGUUGACUCAUGCGAUGCAUUUAGGCAGACAUAGACCAGCUGGCUGUGAUUAAACAAGAUGAUUAAACAAGGCCUGAGCCCAAAGCGGAUAAUGUUUCUAGAUAUAGGAGUCCCGAAUUUUACUUUACCAUUUAUUCAGGAUAUAUGGCAUACAUGCGGAAGCUCACAGUUUGGGAAAAUUCCCAUAUUCACAUGUGCUGCCAAACUUGAAAAAAAAAUGUAUUAUUGUGUAAGUUCAAUGUCAUAACAGAAUGUUUUUGACUUCAUGACAAGAUAUUGUCACGCUAUUACAACAUACAAACUGAUCAAGUUAUAACAAGAAAAUGGUUUUGUUAUUACAUGAUGCUAUUUAUUACGUAAUUACGUGAAAAGUUUCAACUUAUAACAAGAAAUUAUUGCGUUAUCACGGGAACCUUUUUAUGUUAUAACACGCUAAUUUUAAAGUGGUUAACAUGUUACGUUUCAUGUUAUAACGUGAUCAUUCAUCUUGUAUGAAUAUGAAACUCCUGUUUGAAUGAGGACACGGUGUGCAGACGGAUGAAUUGUUAAAUUGGCUCAUAUACUCUACAUGAUUUUAAUAGGUUCUUAUGGUUAACAAGAAACCUUUCAUAAAUAAUAUGUGGUAUUUACAAGAAAAUGUUCUUGUUGUAACUCGAAGAGUUUUUUUGUUGUAAUACCUAACAUAGUGUGUUAAAAAAACAAACUACCUUAACCGCUAAAAACAUCCUGUCAUGAUCUAUAACUUUUCAUGUAAUAACGUGAUACUGAUUCGGUUUUUUGUUUUCAUGCAGCGUACAGACAGACCGUAAAUUCUUGAAAAGUAAUUUGAUCACAUCUUCUUAGAGUUGCAAAAAAUUAGAACUACAAAAAAAUAUUAUCUCCAUGAUUAACUAUUGUCUUUUCACACAAAACGGGCAUCAGUUACACAGCUGUUGCCUUAUGUCAAAUCAUUACCAGAUGUCUGGGAGAAAGACCAACCCUUUUGUCUGACACUGACUGUGGCUGUUUGAACCUAGAGUGCAUCAAUAACUCUGCUUCUCUUUCAUGCAACAAACAAACCCUUCAGCGUUCCCUCAUUCACUCUCUUGUUAUUCCCAAUAUAGUGUUAAUUAAACUUUAAACUAAACUAUAUUGGGAACGACCCAACAAGAUUUCAGACUUAAACAUAUCGUUGCGUUAUUAGAUGUGUCGGCCAUUUGAGAGACGGAGGUGCGCCUUUUAAUACGUCCCUGAAAAAAAGCGAGCCUUCAGGAGCAUGGUUAAAGGCUGUAUACAUGUUGAAUGUUACGUUUCCACUGUUUAGAAACGAAAGCCCGCCCCAUUUUUCAAUUUGAGUUUUCACGGUUAUUUCUGCUUCUUCUCUUCCUCCGGGUAACCACAACUGCAUUGCAUUGUGGUAAACAGGAGUAAAGUGUAGGGUACUUUCUCUCUUAAUACAUCCAUGGUUAUAUCAUAUGUCCGCUCAAAUUAGCUGUGCAUUUUGGGUCUUUUAUGGGGGACUAUAUAGUGAAUGAAAUUAACCGCGGAUGAUUGAAACACCAUUACAAAAUGGCGAACACACACAUAUAGACAAAUAUGCACUCUAUCUGUGAUACGGAACGGUUUGGAACACAGCUAUUGUGUCCAGUAUUAAAUCACUGGAGCCAGGCGCUUAUCUAGGCUACUACAGCUGCCAUUGGCCAUGGUUGGACCGUCAGAAGGGAACCUACCUGGAUGUGUUCUAUUACCACCUGUCUUCCCCUUCUUUUUUAAACCUUUUAUCUUAGUGACGGCUGUGUUGUUUCAUGUCUUCACUUAUAUUGUGAAAAGUAAAGGUACAUUGGGGGGUCAGCAGCUGUUCCCAGUGCUGGAGCAGUCAAACAUGUUUCUGUCUUUUCUGUGUCCUUUUGUGGUGGGGUGGUUAAAGUUCUCAAUGCUGUUUUAUACUUUUUCUACCUCUAAGGUUUACCACUGUAUAAAAGCUACAACAGCCCGUUUUAAGCAUCUUUUUUUGUAAUCUGUUUUUAACAUGUAAAACUAUAUAGCUAUGUUCAGCCAGCAAGUGUGUUUUUUUUAUUUACUAGAUUUUAAAUAAAAUAUAUUUAUAAACUUAGAAAAAUAUAAUAAUAACUGUGUAGAACGCAAAAGACAAGAAUGCUAGAGGAAGGUCUACUCUGUAGGACUGGCUUCCAUGUAAAUAGGAAUAUUUAUCUCAAGAUUUUAUGUAGUUUUGAAUGUGUCUAGAAGUUCUCAAAAGAUACAGGAAGGAGGAUCCAAGGCAACAAAGACUAUGACAGAAGUCAUUUACAUUUCAGAGGUUCAUCUCCUGUUAUCAAAAGUGACAGAUGAUUGGAUCAGAACACGUCACUUUAGUACAUUAUCACUACUUGUCAUUGCCGUAAUUGCUGCUGCAAGCAGUUAGGAAAACACAAGCACAUUCUUUUUGUGAGUGCCAGAAUUUAUCUUUUAUAUAAUACAGCCUGCUGUAUGAUUGAAAAAAUUUUUUUUUACUGAUCAACAUGUUCAUUUUUUGUUCAGUAGUUUGACAGUUUGGGAAAAUACUCGUAUUCACUUUCUUGCCAGUUAGAUGAGUAAAUUGAUACAACUCUGGUGGCUGUGUACUAAAUAUAAAGCAGCUUAGCUUAGCUUAGCACAAAAAAGACAUUGGUGGUACCUUUAUAUUGUCUCUGUUGGGUGAAAACCUUUAGUUGUUUAGGAAAAUUUUAGGAAAAAAUGCUAAUCUGAAAACAUUCUAUUGAGCUUUUUACCUCCGUCAAAGUCUGCCUUAAUCGCCUUGUCUCUGUUUAAAUAUUUGUAAAA